ACUAGUGGCUGUUACUCAAAGUAUCAUGGGAGAUGUAGUCUUUUUUUCGUACUAUUUCUGUAGGCUGGUGUUACGAAGAAUGGAAUGACUGGUAAACCAUUGACUUUCGCCGUAUGAAAUGUUAAUCUCUUGGCUGCUUUGCUUCAGGUGAUGACUGACGUCAGAUUAUGAAGACGGAAGUGGAGGAAGAGAAUGUGAACCUGCUUCUUAUUGAUAAUAUGGCUUCAGUAGUUCAGGAUGAAGACAAAUGUAGAGAUGUUGGGGAUAAAGGGCAGCUUGCAGAGGUCCCUGAUCUGAAUCUGGGUGAGCUGGACUUGACCUCUGAUGAGUUUAUCCUGGAUGAAGUUGAUACUCACAUACAAGCUAACCUUGAAGAUGAACUGGUGAAGGAGGCUUUGAAAACUGGGGUUGAUCUGCGCCAGUACUCGAAACAGGUGGAGUUGGAGUUACAGCACAUUGAACAUGUUUCCAUUAAGGACUAUAUCAAGGAAAGCCAGAACAUUGCAUCUCUGCAUAAUCAAAUCACAGCAUGUGAUGAAAUCCUUGAGCGUAUGGAGUGUAUGCUCAGCUCCUUCCAGAGUGACCUUAGCAGCAUCAGUUCUGAGAUCCACACACUGCAGGAACAGUCCAUUGCAAUGAACAUCAAGCUGAAGAACCGCCAGUCUGUGCGCAGUGAGCUGAGUCAACUUGUGGAUGAACUUGUGGUCCCCAACUCUAUGAUCAAUAUAAUUCUUGAGACACCAGUGACUGAGCAGGAAUUUCUGGAACAGUUGCAUGAACUCAAUAACAAGAUUAAUUAUGUGAAGGAGCAGUCUUUCAAGGAAACUUGUGCCUGUGUGGAUGUACAGGAUAUCCUGGACCGACUAAAGAUUAAGGCAGUUACUAAAAUUCGAGAGUUUAUCCUGCAAAAGAUUUACUCCUUCAGAAAACCGAUGACGAAUUAUCAAAUACCCCAGAAUGCUUUGUUGAAGUACAGAUUUUUCUACCAGUUCUUACUGGCUAAUGAGCGUCACAUUGCAAAAGAGAUCCGAGAUGAGUAUGUGGACACUAUGAGCAAAAUUUAUCUUUCCUACUUCAAGUCUUACACAAGUCGCCUGAUGAAGGUGCAGUAUGAAGAGGUCGCUGACAAAGAUGACCUUAUGGGGGUAGAAGACACAGCGAAGAAGGGAUUUUUUACCAAGCCAUCACUAAAGAACAGAAACACGAUUUUCACAUUGGGGAACCGAGGCAAUGUUAUUUCAUCUGCUGAACUGGAGGCACCGAUCCUUGUUCCCCAUGCUGCUCAGAGGAGUGAUGUCAGGUACCCAUUUGAGAGCCUUUUUCGGAGUCAGCACUAUGCCCUUCUGGAUAACAGCUGCCGGGAAUAUCUGUUUAUCACUGACUUUUUCAUGGUGACCGGAAACUCUGCCCAAGAUCUUUUUAACGUUAUUCUGGGCAAAACUCUCACCAUGUUCUUGAAACACAUGGACACAUAUGUUUCUGACUGCUAUGACAGCAUUGCAAUUUUCCUCUGCAUUCACAUCAUCUUGCGUUUCAAAGCCAUCAUGGCAAAAAGGAACAUCCCAGCUGUUGAUAAGUAUUGGGACACUUUGCUCGACAUAUUGUGGCCAAGAUUUGAGUACAUCUUGGAGCUGAACAUCCAGAGCAUACGGAACACAGACCCACAGAAACUAGGAUCCCUGGACACCCGUCCACAUUAUAUCACAAGAAGAUAUGCUGAAUUCUCCUCUGCCAUUGUUAGCAUCAAUCAAACAUUCCCAAAUGAGAAAACAAAUACCCUUUUAGGACAGCUUCAGAUUGAGGUAGAGAAUUUUGUGCUUCGCAUGGCUGCAGAAUUUUCAUCUCGUAAAGAGCAACUCAUCUUUCUCAUCAACAAUUAUGACAUGAUGUUGGGGGUUUUAAUGGAGCGAGCGUCAGAUGACAGUAAGGAGGUGGAAGGCUUUCAGCAACUUCUAACUGCUCGAACCCAGGAGUUUAUUGAAGAAAUCCUUUCACCGCCUUUUGGAGGUAUGAUUGCCUUUGUAAAGGAGUCUGAGGCACUGAUUGAGAAAGGACAGCUCGAGAAGCUCAAGGGUGAAGAAGGACGAGUAACACAGUUGGUCCGUGGUUUUGCCAGUACAUGGAAGCAAUCUGUGGAAAAUCUUAGCCAGGAUGUUAUGCGAUCCUUUACAAACUUUAAAAAUGGCACUGGAAUCAUACAGGGGGCACUAACUCAACUCAUCCAGUAUUACCACCGUUUUCACAAAGUGUUAUCACAGCCACCAUUCAAGAACAUGGCUGUUCGCUCAGAACUUAUCAACAUCCACCAUCUCAUGGUGGAAGUCAAGAAACACAAACCCAAUUUUUGAGCCUGAUCCCUGUAGUUGGGUUGAAAUGGACCAGAGCAGAAACUGUGGAACAGCACACCAGAGCAGAAACUGUGGAACAGCACACCACCUUCAGUAAGCAGAUGUUCAAAACACUAAAUCUUCCAUGUUGUUCACUAUUGUGCCUGAGAAUAUGGAAAAAUUAACCCUUUCUCUUCUGAAGACAGAGUGCACAAAUUCCACUAGCUGUAUCUGGUGUUUUUCUGAUUGCAGUUAGUGGACUGUUUCACAGAUGGCACUAGAACUAUGUAGCACUUUCUCCUGUGUACCACGAAAGAUCAAGCUUGUUCAAAAGGGGCCAUGCAAAGAUUAAACUGUGGCCUUCUGUUUGUUGACUGGAGUAAAACUGUACAUAAUUAUCUCUGAGUUAUUUAUGUAGAAUGUACUGACUUCGUCUGUCUUAUCUGUUGCUAUUUGAAUAAACAUACCUACAAAAUUUA